AUGGAGAAUCUAGAGCAGAUCCACCAAACCCUCGGAGACAUUGACGCCCGCGUCCCUGACGCACUCCGCGUCGCGUUGGGGCUCGGCUACCGAGCGUCUCCCACGCCAGCUCCCGGCGAGGACGACGAGGUCGCCGACUUCGCCGCCUCCCUGUUGCAGCCGCCGGCGACGGACGACGGUGCCGGUGACCGCGGCCCCACGGAACACGACGCCGCGGCGCCGAGGAUUGACUGGGCGUCAUGCUACGUGCCGUUGCACGACCACGACGCGCACUUCGGGAACACCAAGGCCGGCGUCCUCGGCGUGGCGGACGGCGUCGGCGCGUACGCGGAGUCCGGCGUGGACGCUGGCGCCUUCUCCCGCGGUCUCAUGACGAGCGCCUCCGCGGAGGUUGCGGCGCUGGAGCCCGGCGCGCACGUCUGCCCCCGCGCGCUGCUGGAGCGGGCCUACGACGAGACGGCCGCGUCCGGUGCGCCGGGGGCGUCGACGGCGGUGAUCCUGUCGCUCGCAGGCAACGCUCUGGAGUGGGCGUACAUCGGCGACAGUGCCUUCGCUGUGCUUCGGGGCAGCAAGAUCGUGUUCCUGUCGACGCCGCAGCGGCACCUGUCCCGCACCUCGCUAAAGAAGCUUCGCUUCUCCUCCACUGCCGCCCGGCGGAAACAGCGUCUCUUCUCCUCCUCCGACCCGCCGUUUCAGCUCAGCGCGGCAGGCGAACACAGCGACAGCGUCUUGGAUGCCAAGGCAGGGCAGCUCGCGGUGAGGGCUGGGGACGUCGUGGUGGUCGGGACGGACGGGCUUUUCGACAACAUUCUCGAGGAGCAGCUGGAGCUCGCCGUGCAGAUGGGCACCAGGUUGGGCUUCUCGCCCAAGAACAUGGCGGACAUCAUCGCCGGCGUCGCUUACGAGAGGUCAAAUCAAACAAGCUCAAAGCGAUUGCGCAAAGGGAAGCCGGACGACAUUACCGUUCUAAUAGCAUUCAUUGUCCAAUCCGAUUUGUGAUGUGGUAAUGCUCAGUGCUGGCCAGCUUGGGGACCUGGGGUUGAUUA